AUGAGCGAUACUAAAGAGUGCAAAACGCAACCCCCACCACCCACAGUUGUUUGCAGUCAAAAUUGCAACAAAUGUAUGGCAAAUACUACGAGUCGCAUGUUAUAUUAUACGUUGGUAGAAAAAUUAGACGAACGAGCUUUAAAAAGACACAUUACAGAAAAUAAACCCACAAAUAACAAUGGCUGCGAACCGGAAUCACACUCUCGUAAGCUUCAAUCAUUCCGAGAUGAAUCCCCAGACCUAUUCGAUGACGACUUCGUCCCAAACACCCCACCCAAACGCAAUAAAAAAUCCAUCGGCUCAACAAAAGGAAAAUCCAAAACCACAUUUAAACCAAUCAAAUUCGUUCCCAGUACAAGCGUGCCCGGCAAACUCGCAACAGCCGAUAAUAGAAGAUAUACUGCUACAGCAAAAUGCAAGCUUGCGAAAAGAAAUGUUGUGCCGAAUGUAAACGCGUUGUGCGAGACACAUCUGACGAUGCUUGGUCCUUACUCUGACAUAAACAAAAGCACUAAAGCUAUAUAUUUAGUUGCAAAUAUGUAA